UCUAGUUCCGUUGUAGGCGGUCGUCAGUGUUUACGUUUUUGAAUUAAGGAAACUAAUUAACUUUAGAUUCAUUAAAACCUAAUUAAGGAGAGAUGCAUAUUUAUUUACGGCUCUUUAUGACAUGCGUUGAUGUAAGGAAGGUUGGCACAUCCUCAUGGAGAGACAUUCCAGUUAAUUGCAGUGUCUCAGUCCACCAAAAUCCGUUUCCUUCUUGGUGCUCCUCCGUAAAUGUUGUUGUUUAGCACGAGAGAGUUUGGUCAAUAUUGAAACUGUGACUAAUAGAAAUAAUAGACACGGCAUUGGUUAAUUGAGAUAAUUGGACAUUAAUUGUGACACCUCUGACCAUUUCAGUGGGGCACCAUCACCUCCUCCUCUUAUAUUUUCAAAUUGGUUCCACAUUGUUUAUGUUUUCUGGUGAAUCUGAGUCAAGAACUGCUCCAAGAUUCUUUAAACAAAUAUGAAAUUUUAAGAACUAAAGAAGGACAUUAUCAAGAAUGAUUUUGGCAAUAUUUCUGUAACUCUUGUUCAAUUACUGGAAAAUAUUUGAUUUACAAUUAAGAGCUAUUGUUUAAUUGAUUGGAAAUAUAUUGGCUGGCUGAGUGGUGGUGGUUAAAACUGGAGAAAUUUAAAAUUAUACUUUAAUUAUAAUUUUGUAGUGUUUGAGUUUUGGAAUUGAAAUAUUGGUCAGAAAGGAAUUAUGGAAGAUAAACAGUGUGAGGGCCAAGUUAAAGGUGAAAAACUCUCUGAGAAUAUUGGUUUAUCUGAUGAACGAUGCAUCAAUACAAGGAAGAAAUUAAAUUGUGUUGAUAAAUCUAGUCAUGUCACUGAACGUAAGUUAAAAAACACAAAUUCACAGAGCUCUUCCUGUGAUAUUUCUGGUAAGACGUUCUCAAACAAAGAUGGUAUGCUUGGACAUAAACAUAGUCAUGUAGAUGAGAAACCAUACCACUGUGAUAUCUGUGGCAAAACAUUCUCCCAGAAAGGUGGUAUGAUUGUACACACACGCAGUCAUACAGGUGAAAAACCCUUCUCUUGUGAUAUUUGUGGCAAAUCAUUUUCACAGAAAGGUGGUAUGCUCCAGCACAAACGUAUUCAUACAGGUGAGAAACCUUACCCCUGUGACGUCUGUGGCAAGACGUUCUCAAACAAAAGUGGUAUGCUCGUUCACAAACGAAUUCAUACAGGUCAGAAGCCCUACCCUUGCGAUGUCUGUGGCAAAACAUUUGUAAACAAAAGUAGUAUGCUUGUCCAUAAACGUAUUCAUACUGGGGAGAAACCUUACCAUUGUGAUAUCUGUGGUGUAUCUUUUACUCAAACUGGGGGUUUAACUUCUCACAGACGGGUUCACACAGGUUAAAAAUGGUAAUUCUGUCAUAGUAGCACUUCAAAUCACAGACAAACCCAAAUUAAUCAAAAAUCACAGAACUGGAAUAUAAUCUUUGUUAAACCAUGUCUACAUAACUAGAAUGGUCACACACAUUCCUCAUUGUCAUUGUUGGUUUAAUGUUUAUUUUUCCAUGCUUGCAAGGAUCAGACAAGAGUAUUUGGGCAGAGUUUUCGGCAGUUGGAUGCCUUUCCUGCCACCAAUCUCUACCUGUUUCCAAGUUUUGUAAUUUCCUCCCAGUCUAUCAAACGACAAAAGGUCCAACAUUGAUAACAUGUAGAAGUGGAAGCAAAUGACAUUGAAAUGAGCCUUUUGUUUACAAAUAUCAUAUAACAUGUCAAGAUGUUCAGGAACCUGGACAUGCUUUUAGGGUGGACUGCAUGCAGAUAACACCGGUAGUGAAGCUACUGACGACCCGACAAGCAAUUGCCCGACAGACACUUUCACUUUAUCUGUGAUUUCGGUGAAUCUUCCUGUACUCAAAAAUUGUAUUUUUCCUCAGUUUGCUGAAGUAAAGAACCACCAGGUGCCAAAAGGCCUUGGCUUUUGUGCCAGCAGACAGUGUUGUAACAGCAUUUGAGCAAUUACAAGAAAAUUUGUGUCAUGAAGCAGAUCCAGUAAUUGAUUACUAUGAAGAUGCUUAUAUCGGUAGAAUAGGACGGUGUAACAGAGGCAGCCCACUCUUUCUUAUUUGUAUGUAGAACAUAUAUGGCCAUGGAUGCAAUGAUUUGCCACGAAAAAUUAAUUCCUUGGAGGUAUGGCAUAACCAUUUACAGGCGAAUAUAACAUCAAGUCAUCCAAAUAUCUGGUGUUUUCUUCAGGUAUUGAAAAUGGAAAAAGCACUUAACGACACAACCAUCAACCAGAUGCUGGCAGGACAUCAACCUUCACCUAAAAGGGAAAAAAUAGCAAGAUUUAAUGAAAGAGAUUGCAAUUGUCUGUCUCUUGUCAGUUGUCCGGAUACCCUUAGACUAUUUUGAGGAAUUUUAGUCAAAUUAAUUAACCCCUUACUUAUUUCCUUUUAAGUCUGGCACUUAUUCUGUCAGUCUCUAUUGCCAAACCGCUAAGUUACAGGGAUAUAAGCACACCAACAAUAGUUGUCAAUUUGUGGUGGAGGACAAACACUGACACAAAGACAUGUACACAUUAAUGUAUAUACAUAUGAUGGGCUUCUUUUAGUUUUCAUCUACUAAAUCCUCUCACAAGGAUUUGGUUUGGCCCAGGGCUAUAGUAGAAGACACUUGCCCAAGGUGCAUGCAGUGACUCUGAGACUAAGAUUUUGUGAUUUGGAAAAAAAUUUCUUAACACACAGCCGCAACUUCAUCUAAAUUCUAAAACUGAACAAUGAGAAUAUUCUUUAUUUGUGAGUUAAGAAGGCAACCAAUGGUUUCAUGAGGAGAGAGCUUCACAAUUAUUCAAGCAUGCCACAUGGAAGUGUUGGUACUUGUUUCCAUUUUGAAUGAGAAUACACAAGGUUACACAAGUGUAAAUGGGAUUUCAAAAUAAAUAUAGAGCUUACAAGAGGUAACGCAUCUUAAUUGUUAUCUCCCUUGCAUCAGCUCUGGAUUUUUGUAAGAAGUCAUUUGAAGUCAUUUGAAUGAGAACUGGCAAAGUUAUUAGAUUGCGAAAUGAUAUCAAAUUUUUUGGUGCUUAGGAAGCUUGCUUCCCAGCUACAUGGUUUCAGGUUCAGUCCCACCGCGUGGCACCUUGGGCAAGUGUCUUCUGCUAUAGCCCUGAGCCGACCGAAGCUUUGUGAUUGAAUUUGGUAGGCGGAAGUUACUGCCGUGUGUGUAUAUGUCUGUGUAUGUGCUUGUGCCUCUCUCCCAGAGAGUGAGAGGGAAAAAAAAUAUAUUUAUAUAUAUAUAUAUAUGUAAAUAGAGUUAUUAAUAUUUCUAAGUCUCUCUAAAGGAGACUACGGCAGCAGUACUGGAAAUUAAUAGUUAUCGCCAAGCCAACAUGGCAGUCCCAAAAUUAGGACGAAUGCUACCGUGAAUUAGCUCCAAGAGGCCAUAUAUAUAUAUAUAUUUUAUCCUUUACUUGUUUCAGUCAUUAGGCUGCAGCCAUGCCGGGGCACUGCCUUGAUGAAUUUUUAGUUGAAUAAAUCAACCCCUGUACAUUUUUUUUUAAGCCUGGUAAUAUUCUAUUGGUAAUUUUUGCCAAACCACUAAGUUACAGGGAUGUAAACACACCAACACCAGUUGUCAAGCAGUGGUGGGGUGGGGAACAAGCACACACAUGGCAAUGCAGUGGGACUGAACUCGGAACCAUGUAGCUGGGAAGCAAGCUUCUUACCACACAACCAUACCUAAACACACACACAUCUUCAUCUUUUAACGUUCAUUUUGCAUGUUUGCAUGGGUCACAGAUUUUGACAGCAUCCAAAGAUUGCAUUGUGCUUCAGUUUCCGCUUUGGCAUGGUUUCUUCAGCUGGGGUUUUUUUUUUCUAUGGCAGUAACACUUGUUAAUUUGCCAUGCAACCUGUGAGUCUAAGAUUCCCUUUGAAUCAGUAAACUGCAAUCAACUUACAUUCAUUCACUCAUUAAAAAACAACUUUUGAGCAUGGUCGUUGCUAGAACCACCUGACUGGCCCUUGUGCCAGUGGCAUGUAAAAGCACCCACUACACUCUCGGAGUGGUUGGCGUUAGGAAGGGCAUCCAGCUGUAGAAACUUUGCCAGAACAGACUGAGCCUGGUACAGCCUUCUGGCUCACCAGUCCUCAGUCAAACCGUCCAACCCAUACCAGCAUGGAAAGCGGAUGUUAAAUGAUGACGAUGAUGAUUUAUUUAUUUUAAUCUCUGCUAAAGUUUGUUAUACUUUGUGUGCACUGAGAAAUAAAUGAGGAAUCUAUAUCAAACUUAUUCGUAAUAUAUUCUGUUGUGAGACUAAAACUCCUUGUUUACAGUUUAAGGAAGGCAACCUUUUAAAACCAUGAAAAAAGAAACUCUUUUGUAAUAGAACUUUGUGCAAGAAUUCAAAACACUAAUUACACUGUUUACUUUGAACAGCUGUAAAUAUAACCCACCAUGGUGAAAGAAAGGAAUAGCCUAACACCUAUUGGAUGUCCCAAAUUGAAGUUCCAGACUUUGUUGUAGAAUUCUUUUCAAUUGGUUCAUGAAUGUUAAGACAAAAUUACAUAAAAAGGUCUGACUCUGCAGAAAAUGGCAAAAGAACUGGUGCAAUGUCUCAUUAAAUUUCAUAAAAUUAUAUUAUUAUUUCUUUAAAUUUAUUAUAUUUUUUAUUUAUCUUCUAUCUUUUACUUGUUUCAGUCAUUAGACUAUGGCCAUGCUGGGGCACCACCUUGAAGAAUUUUAAUCGAUUUUGGUAUUUUUUUAAAAAACCAGAUACUUAUUCUAUCGAUCUCUUUUACUGAACUGCUAAGCUACAGGGCCAUAAACACAACACUGGUUGUCAAGCAGUAGUGGGGGACAAACAGACACAAACAUACAUGU